UUCGGUUAAGAUACUUUAAGGUCCUUUUUUAUUUGUCUGAAACAAAAACAAAAGAAUGGUGAGAAAGCAGAAGGAAGACUUCACAAAGUAUAUGACAUCUGUGCUUCAGAAUUCUAUGCUAACUGGCAUUCCUCAAAUAGCAACCGCCGGGAACAUCCCCAAGAGGGUAUUGCGAGCUUUAGUCUUCAUAUUAUGCCUGGUGGGGUUUAUCUAUCAAUCUUUGAUCUUCUUGUACAUGUACUGGGAAUACGAGACGGUCAUAGAUGUCCAAGUGUCGUCUCCCGAGGUGAUAGAAGCUCCUUCAAUGACGAUAUGCACUUUACAUGGAGUCCAGUUAUCGAGAAUAUGCUCUGACGAAAAGUACAAAAAGAAGUGUACCCUGUUAAAAGAUGAUGAGUACAUAAAGUGGUGCGAAUGUGCUCCUAGAUACUGCGAGGACCCCGACGAGGACGAUGACGUUAUUGAACUUAAACUCAUGAACAUAUCGAUUCCAUCAUACUAUGAUAUGAGAGACUUGUUCUUUGUACCUUAUGACGAUGUUAAGAAAUACUUGCAACCGAUCGAAGAAUUUAUAUCUUACUGCAGAUUUUAUCUCACGAACGAGACUGUUUUGGACUCCGUCUGCGAUCGUAGUUAUUAUCGAAACACGAGAUGUUCCGGUUUGAUUGAAAGUGCAAUUCCCUCUUGUUUUACCAUUAAUACUCGUUUAGGAAAACCAUAUGCUAAACAACCUGAAGUUCUCUCCAAUGGAUAUGUACUUAUAGAAUUAAAUGUGAAUGGCAGAGACUACACGAAUAAGUUUAUGAAAAUCUCCACUCAGAUUUCUUUCCAUCACUCCAGGACAAUGAACAAUCCUUACAUUUAUGGCUAUACUAUGUACCCCACUAAAAAGUACAUUUUCCGCAUGAAAAGAGUCAUUCAUAAACGUCUUCCUCCUCCCUACGAGACACAAUGCCUUGAUUAUUUUGAGAUGUGGAAAGCAAGAGGCGGCCAAGGACCUACAAAUGAAAGGGAAUGUAUCGAGGAAUGCCAGAAAAAUGCCAGCUAUGAACUAAACGGUUGCUUAGAAAACCACUUUAAGGUUCCCAGUAACGAUCGCAGAUGCGAAGUAACAUUUAGAAAUCCUGGCACGUUGAAAAUUAUUCAGAAAUGUGCAAAAGAGAACUGCAGGCCAGCUUGUUAUGAAGAAAAAUAUGAAGUGUCUACGGAUGAAAUGGAUCUCGAUUAUAGCGUCGACUCAUGCACGUUCGGGCCAACAGAUCCGGACCGUGUUCAGAUUUUGGUAUACUUUGAUGGAAUGGAAACUACAGUUUACGAAUACAGUCCUAAAUUCCAA